GAAGAAUUGUAACCAAUAGGUGGGGGGUACAUGGGCGGAGCCUGAGCUUUGGCUGGUCAGUGGUAGGCAGAGUGGGCGUGAGUGCGCCCGGGCAUUCGGUUGCUGAGCAGCGCACGCAGACUGGCGGUUGGGCGGGGGAGAAGCGCGUGCCUGUGACCGCCGAGGGAGCGGGGCUCGCGGAGUGUGUGUUGCAGGGGGGUUGGGUUUGCCGGUUGGUGGCCGAAGAGGCGCCUGUGGAGGCGGCGUCGCGCGGUCUCCUGAGGAAUGUGAGAGACCCGUGUCUGUUUUCUGCUUGCCAGUCGACCCUUCGCUUGGCCGCCGCUGGGUCCCGUGCAGAGGCUCCCACCGGCCUCCCCGGUCGGGCCCCGCGUGAUGUCUUGAUCCCCAGGCGGACGUGCGACUAGGCGGGCGGCGCUGAGGCGGCGGCGGUUGCUGCUGCUGAUGGGGCUGCUCCGGAUUAUGCUGCCGCCUAAGUUGCAGCUCUUGGCGGUGCUGGCGUUCGGGGUGUCUGUCCUCUUCCUGGAGAACCAGAUCCAGAAGCUGGAGGAAUCCCGCGGGAAGCUUGAGAGGGCUAUUGCAAAACAUGAAGUCAGAGAAAUUGAGCAGCGCCAUACGAUAGAUGGUUCUCGGUCAGAUGUGGUUCUGGAUGAAGACGAUGAUGUGGUGAUUAUUUAUAAUCGAGUACCUAAAACUGCAAGCACGUCCUUUACAAACAUUGCCUAUGAUCUUUGUGCAAGGAACAAGUAUCAUGUUCUGCAUAUCAACACAACCAAAAAUAAUCCUGUUAUGUCUCUACAAGAUCAGGUACGAUUUGUGAAGAAUGUAACUUCCUGGAAAGAGAUGAAACCAGGGUUUUAUCAUGGACACAUAUCUUUUUUGGAUUUUGCAAAAUUUGGCGUUAAAAAGAAACCAAUAUACAUCAAUGUCAUAAGAGAUCCAAUAGAACGGCUGGUUUCUUACUAUUACUUUCUGCGUUUUGGAGAUGAUUACAGGCCUGGACUCCGUAGGCGAAAGCAAGGCGAUAAAAAAACCUUUGAUGAAUGUGUAGCAGCUGGAGGCUCAGAUUGUGCCCCAGAGAAACUCUGGCUUCAAAUUCCAUUCUUCUGUGGCCACAGCUCUGAAUGCUGGAAUGUGGGAAGCAGAUGGGCUUUGGAACAAGCCAAAUACAACUUGAUUAAUGAAUAUUUCCUAGUGGGAGUUACUGAAGAACUUGAGGACUUUAUUAUGUUGCUGGAGGCAGCUUUGCCCCGUUUCUUCAGGGGUGCUACAGAACUCUAUCGUACAGGCAAGAAGUCUCACCUUAGGAAGACUACAGAGAAGAAACUUCCCACAAAAGAAACCAUUGCAAAGCUGCAGCAGUCUGAAAUAUGGAAAAUGGAAAACGAGUUCUAUGAAUUUGCACUGGAACAAUUUCAGUUUGUCAGAGCACAUGCAGUUCGGGAAAAAGAUGGGGAACUGUAUAUUCUGGCACAAAACUUUUUCUAUGAAAAGAUCUACCCUAAAUCGAACUAAAAUCAGUGUAUACUGCUAGAUUAGGGGACUAAACCUUUGUCUACAUCCUUACUGUUCUCAGCCCCAACUUUUAGAUCGCUGAUACACCAACCAAGGCACUUCUUGGGUAAACUCUGGAUUGCUCGAAGAAGAUGGCUGCUGACUAGAUACGUUGGUAAUGCAGAAGUAUAAGCUUCAAUUUGUUCAGUACUUUCCAAUGAGGUUCUCACCCCACACCUGAAGAAGCCUACACAUUUGUUUACAGAAACUAACCGCAUACCAAUUGUAGCUAAAACCAUAAAGGCUUCCCUUUAUGCUCUUUUUGAUUCAUAGGACAGCUUAUUUUACUUAACCUCAUGGGAAGAGGAAGUUGUUUGUUCCCUAGCUUCAACAUGGAGAUUUGGGUUGUAUACACUUAUGAAUAAUGUUAAUAACUGGCUGACAUCUGUGUUUUGUUCUUGUGAAUUCAUAUCACAUGACAUUCAUUGGAAUGUUCAAUCAUGUUCUGCUGAGAAAUGCUGCAGCUGGACGUGCCCAUAUUUAUAAAUGUGGGUUUUCAUUUUAAGAAGCUAGAAUGGUCAUCAGUGGGUUUAAAAAUUCAAAUUUCAUAGUGAUAUUGUCAAAAGGCUAAAAAUCAAGGCUGUGUUCUUUUAAUACCCUCUGUUCUUCCUACAGAUGUUGAGGAAACUCUUACGAAGCUGGCUUUUGCCUGUACAUCAAUAUAAAACAUACAGUGAAUUCUGUAUCAUCAUUGUUCCAUGGAUUCUUUGUACUUCAAAGAAAACUACUGGUGAAUCCAUAUUAUGACUCUAGUGAGUUGUGGUAUGGUUAGGGUUUUCCUACUUAGAUACUUUUACCUGUAGAAUAUUUUUACUAAGGUGCUUUAUAAUGUGUUUUAAAGCAUUGCAUUUGCAAAAGGAGUAAAAUGCUGUAUAUAAUGCAUAUUUUAUGUAUUUGGACCAAAAGGUUACAAGUAACUAGUUUAAAGUGCAUUUGCACCAGUUUUGUUGUGUGUGAAGUAAAACCAUCCAAUCUGCUGCUCAAAUUCCAGUUUUGAGUUGACUCUAGGACAUCACUGAAAUGUACUUCAGUGACCUCACCAACUUUAAAUAUGCAGUGUGUCUGUCCAGAAGCCCUCUUUACAGAAAAUUACUUAAUCUGCAUCCUUUUUAUCAUGCUUAAGAGGAAAAGGAAAAUGGAAGCAUGUGACCUGGUCAAGAGAGAUACAAAGAAAUUGAUGUCAAUAUGUUCAUGGAACUGCCUUAUGUUACUUUCAGUAAACUUGCAUUUGCCAUUAUUAGCACCUUAUAGUACUUAUUUAGCAACUGUUUAGAUGCUUGGACAUCACAUUUUAUUUUAUUUUAAAAUCAAGCAAACUUGCAGUUCUAAAAAUUCCUGAGCUACUCAUGUUUUACCACAAGUUGUUUUUUAAUGUGUAUUAAAAUUUGAAGAUUAUUUUUAGUUUAUUUCAAGCUUUGCACUUCACAUUCUAUUUACAUUUGGUAGGAUGUUAGGACUGCAGUGUAGAAGUAUUGAUAGGGGAAUACUUUACCAAAAUUAUAUCUGCUAUACAAACACAAAGAGGUUGACUGUUGCCUAUAAACUGAAUGUUUGAUGCCAAAAACAUGAUCCUAUUAUAAAAGGGUAAUGAGACUGUUAAGUAAAGCUUUUAAUUUGCCACGUUCUUUAUUUGCCUUCCUUGUAGAGAUUUAAAAAUAGCACUGCCUUCCUAUCAGUUUCCUCUUUUCAGCUGGCAAUCUGUUAUAUUCUUUGCUCUUUCACUGUGUUACUGUGAGCCAGAGUGUAUUGUAGCCGUUGGUCCCAGCUGAAUGAGAUAUGGGGAAAUGAAAUUUGGGACAGGGAGGACCAACUGGUUACUUGAAAUAUAGCAAAUUUGUGAACCAAUGUGUUCAACCUCAGGUGUUGGUGCUCAGAGCACAACUAAAAUCUUGAUGGUUCAGGCUGAAGGCUGUGUAGUGGUAUGCAUUGUUCCAUUCCUGUGUGGUAAGAAGAUAGUUUAAGGUACUCAGCCUCAGGAACAAGGGGCAGUGUAGCAUGGAGUGAGUUAGUGCUAGUCGGUAGACACAAAGUAUAAUUGUGUUAAGUGAUUUUCAGGUCUGCAGUAUGGAUCCUCUGACUCACAGCCAGAAUUCAGGAGGCAGUUGACUACCAUCCCUGGCAAGAUUUCCACUGUGGGCUUGCCCCUAAAGCCAAAAGGAGUAUGUGCAUAUUAAUUAAAUCUUAAACUUUAUCUAAACAUGGAUUUGGGGUUCAUUUUUUUUAAUACAUCCAGUCAGUAUAGGAAACAAAGUAGGCAGCAAGUAGAUAAUUGAACAACUAGAAUAGCACUUUCCUCAAGUUUCCCAAGUGCUCAUUUGAAACGCACAUUCUAGGUAUCCUAAGUCACAAACGGUGUUUCUCGUGUUACGUUCUGCAUCAUGAGCCAGCAUCAUAGGCACCACAAUGGCUGAGGGGAAAAAAUGUUUCUCAUGAUACUUUGGUUCUUACUAGCUGUAUGAAGGGUUGUAGAAUUAUGGAAUAGGAGGCUGCAGGAAUGUUAAAGAUAGUGGCCAGAAAGUAGAAAACUUCUUUAAUGCAAAGGGAUGAUGAUCUUUUCAAGGCAAACCAUAUCUAGACCCAUAGUACACAACUCUUUCUUAAAUUAUCUGUACUUUUCCUAAUUGCUCAAGUGUUCUUGAAGCUGUUUUAAACUACUUUGAAAAGAAAGCACUGAAUAAAGGGGUUAAUGUUUACAUAUUUGAAAUACAGGUAUCUGAACACUUAAAACACUUUUGCAAGUUUGCAGAAGUAACUGGAAAUGUGACUUGUAUAGUCUGCUUAUCUUGACAGUAUUUAAACAUUUAGAAAAGAAUUCACCCAAGGAUGUUUUGUUCUCUACUUGUACAUUAUUUCACUACACAAGAACCAAAAAUAUUUAAAGUCAGUUUCUUGUCCUUCGAGAGAAGCUUUGGAGUCUCUGAUAUAUUUUCUUGAUUCUCAGUAUCAGCUAUGCUAGUCAGGACUCUGAUGUACUAAACAGCUUCUUAUUCAUCUGCAGCUAAAAUUCUCUGGUCUAUUCCCAGUAUUCGCUAUUUGCAAUGUUUAGAAAAUUCACUGAGAUCUAAACCAGUGUGAGUGGAUACUCUGCUCCUAUGCAGACUUCUGAGCUCUUUUGUUCAAGAGACGGGUCCUUUCAAGGUCUGGGUGUGAUGCAGCAGCAUCCUUUAAAGGCACAAAUAGCUGCCAUCAAAAGGAUUUUUUUUUCCAUCUCCCAGUGUAUGAGCAUAACUGUUUUGUUCAUGCAGUAUAUGGGGUUGAGUCCUACCCCUUGUUUUCUUAAUACAAAGCCCUGAAUAUACCCUUCUGAAAACAGUGUUUGAAUUUGUAAAGAAAAGAUGGAGGGGAGAACCAAAAGCUGAGAGAAUUGUGUUCCUAGGUGGCCAGAUAGGUUCAUAGUUAAUUAGAAAUCUAGGGUAUGGAUCUUUUAAGCCCAAAGUAGUUGCUGGACCACAUAAUUUUAGCGUUGGAAGAGACUUUGAAGGUCUUCUAGUUCAAGCCCUGUUAACUGCAGGAAUUUGCUAUAGCAUCUCUGUCAGAUGGCUGUCCAGCCUUUAUCUGUAAACCUCCACUGUGCAAAGUAGACUUAGGUUAGGUUAGGUUGUGCCAUUGAGUCAGUUUCGACUCCUGGCAACCACAGAGCCAUGUGGUUUUCUUGGUAGAAUACAGGAGGAGUUUACCAUUGCCAUCUCCCAUGGAGUAUGAGAUGAUGCCUUUCAGCACCUUCCUAUAUCUUUGCUGCCUGAUAUAGGGGUUUCCCAUAUUUUGGAAAACACACCAGCGGGGAUUCGAACCAACAGCCUCCUUUUAGGCAGGUUGCUUCUUUUGUCAUAAUGGCUAGCUUGAAUCUGCUUCCUUAUAAUUUCAACCCAUUGGGCAGGACUAAGUUAGUCAUUUAAAUUAAUAGGACUUGGUUCACCUAUUUCAAUGCAGAGACUUGAAGAUAGCUGUCAUAUCUCUCUUUAGACUUCCUUUCUCCAGAGUAAACAUACCCACUUCCUUUAAUUGUUUCUCAUAGGACUUGGUUUCCAGACCCUUCAUCAUCUGUUGCCCUCCUCUGAACCCAAUCCAAUGUCCUUAAAAUGCAGGACCCAGAAUUGAACACAGUAUUCCAAGUGCGGUUUGAUCAGCACAGAAAAUAAUGUUCUUCCUUCCACCUUCUGAAAGAUGAAGUUGUCAGCAACACCAGUUUAUGGAACAUUCCAUUAUUAGUAGAGUUGGACUUUAAGAUGAUGUCAGGAUGGUUGAAGUUCUGCAUUACUACUACAGCUCAAUUACUACUACAGAUUAAUUUUUUUUCCCCUUGGACUUCAGGGGUAGGGAAAUUUUGAUUGAUUAGCUUGUUUGCUCUGGGUCUCCAGGUAGAUGUAAACCUGAAUACAAUGUGUACUGGUCAUAUAAAGUACAGUUCUUUAGAAAUGCAGUCUACAAUCUGAUUAUUAAUCAAUAGGACUGAUCUCAUUUAAAUAUUUAAGGCAUGUAUUAAGAAGUACAGAUAGUGGGAGUAUUUGAAUAGGUGGCUUAAGGAAUGUAAAUUAUUUGACAAAUCCCAAACUUUGGUUUGGGAAAGUGCUAUUUUUAAUGUGGUAUUUCACAGAUUUGUUAGGUAGUAUCCAGAUCCUAAAUAUCUUACCAUUUAUCUAGUGUAGCAUUCCUGGUGUAACAGCACUUUCCCCAACCCUGUUAAUGAUUACAAGUGAAAGCUUCAUAUGCACAUGUCCCUCUCCUGCCAGCAAAGGCAGCUCCAUUCAUGUGAAUGGAGGCUGCAGAUCUCUGGUUUCUUCAUCGAAAUGAACAAGAACAUGCAUUUGCAAGAGAUGUGGCUGUGAAAUUGGAAUGAAAACAUGGAGACCUUGCAUUGUUGCACUGUCUGCAUGUAUGUUUGUUUACUCCACAGGCCAAGGUGUUGGUCAUUUUUGACUGGGUUGGGUAUCCCUGUUGAUACCCAAAACCUGAUCAUACUUCUCCUUUUUAAAGAAGUUUUGUAGAAUGAUCAAAUGAUACAGAUUCACUGACUUUUUAUCUUCUGCUUCGAAAAUCAUAUUAUGCAAAUCUAGUUAUAAAAACAUGUAUUUAAGAACAAAUCAGUGUGUGUUGCAAUUUCUAGUUAUUGGUAUUUUUUGGCAACACUUACAUACAAAGUGAAAGGUUAUCCACUUAAACUAAAGCAGGAAGAUUUUAGACUUUCAGAAUUGUAGCAAACAAGUGCUUCGGAAUGCACAGUGUGGGCUGUUUUAAAUACUGUGUACUCUUAAACAGAUUUCCCCCCACUCUAAGUCAGUGUAUCUUAGUUUAAAAUGGGAGUUAAAUGUAUUAUCACUUCUGAAAUGUAGCAAAAGGGAAAGUAGUCUUUCAUGGAAUCUGGAUUGCAUCUUCUUAGAUAUUAUUUUGCAUUUCUAAAUAUGAGCAGAGCAGCUGUCACUGCAUUCUCAUCAUAAACAUUUGCCUGUGUUCAAAACUCUCACUCUCUGACCCUAAUGCCAUAUAUUGGAAUAAAACCCCACUGAUUUCAUUAGGACUUACUUUCAAGUAAACAUGCCUAGGAUUGCAGCUGAAAUGGGUCCAGUUAUACCCAUCUCUCCUUUGAUAUAAUGUGGUGUUGGAAGCAUUUUGUGUGAGGAAUGAUAUAUGAUACCUAAGCUAUGCUGCAGACAGAGCACACUGAAGAGCCUGUACCAUGUGCACUGCCAACUUAGCUCUUUAAAAGUGGAGCAUUUUGUGACUACUGGAGAGCAGACUAGAGAGUGUGUAAUCAAUGAUCAGUUGCCUAGAUAUAUCCUAUUUUGAGUCCAUGCAGCUAUGUAACCUUUUGUGGCACUUAUUUAUAAAUGGAGGCCCUUGUAAAGAUUUUUAUAGCAGGUUUGCUAUAAGUCUGUUUAGAUGCUUGUAUUUCUCCAAUACUCAAGUUUUAGGAAACAAAUCUGUUGCUUCUGUAUUAGUCGGAUCGGUGAGCAUUUCAGAAGCAGUGUCGAAUGUAACUUUGAGAACAUGGAUUGUGCCUCAUUAUUUUGUUUAAAUAUACACAGCUAAAUAGUGCCUUUUUUCCUCACAAUCCAUGUUAGAAGAUGCUCACUCCUCUGUUUUCCUUUCUUCACAUACUGAUUCAGUUGUGCAAUACUCUCCCAAAUUUGAAACCAUUUUGUCACAUCUGUUUGAGAUAAUUGCUUCAUAUUUCUUAACUUUGCUAAGAGCUUUCUGUUGUUGAAGUGUUUCAGUUGAUUACCUGAUGCAAAUGACAUAUAAAAUAAAAUACCCAUUGGGAAAGGGGGAGCACA